AUGGUGCAGCAGGCUGCGCAUGGUGAGCCGCUGCUGCUCCAGCCGCAGCCGCCGCCGUCUCUGGUGUUCGACGCGGCCCGUCUGAGCGGCCUGUCCGACAUCCCGCAGCAGUUCCUGUGGCCCGCGGACGAGAGCCCCACCCCGGACGCCGCCGAGGAGCUGCCCGUGCCGCUCAUCGACCUCUCCGGGGACGCCGCCGAGGUGGUCCGCCAGGUGCGCCGCGCCUGCGACCUGCACGGCUUCUUCCAGGUGGUCAACCACGGCAUCGACGACGCGCUCCUGCAGGAGGCGCACCGCUGCAUGGACGCCUUCUUCACGCUCCCGCUGUCCGACAAGCAGCGCGCGCAGCGGCGACAGGGGGACAGCUGCGGCUACGCCAGCAGCUUCACGGGCCGCUUCGCCUCCAAGCUGCCAUGGAAGGAGACGCUGUCGUUCAGGUACUCGGCGGCCGGCGAGUCGGACCAGGACCUCGUAGUCGCCUACUUCGUCGACAAGCUCGGCGAGGAGUACCGCCACCACGGCGAGGUGUACGGCCGCUACUGCUCCGAGAUGAGCCGGCUGUCGCUGGAGCUGAUGGAGGUGCUCGGGGAGAGCCUGGGCGUGGGCCGCCGACACUUCCGCCGCUUCUUCCAGGGGAGCGACUCCAUCAUGCGCCUCAACUACUACCCGGCGUGCCAGCGGCCCUAUGACACGCUGGGCACCGGACCGCAUUGCGACCCCACCUCGCUCACCAUCCUCCACCAGGACGACGUGGGGGGGCUCCAGGUGUUCGACGCCGCCACCCAAAGCUGGCGCUCCAUCAGGCCCCCACCCGGGCGCCUUCGUCGUCAACAUCGGCGACACCUUCAUGGCGCUCUCCAACGGCCGCUACAGGAGCUGCCUCCACCGCGCCGUCGUCAACAGCCGGGUGCCCCGCCGGUCGCUCGCCUUCUUCCUGUGCCCGGAGAUGGACAAGGUGGUGCGCCCGCCCGCGGAGCUGGUGGACGACGCCAACCCGAGGGCGUACCCGGACUUCACGUGGCGGACGCUGCUGGACUUCACCAUGAGGCACUACAGGUCCGACAUGAGGACGCUCGAGGCAUUCUCCAACUGGCUCACCACCCAUGGCGGACACCUCCAGGUCUCAUCACCUCCAUGAUCGAUCGGCGUCUGCGGCGUCACCCCAAAUACUAG